AUGGAGUGUCCGUAUGUUGUACUGGGCGUUUCAAAAGAGUCCUCGCAAAAAGAAAUUAAAAGAGCAUACAUACAGGGAGUAAAAAAGACCCACCCAGACAUGACACGGCAUGACACAGAUGCCGAGUUUAUUCGAAUAAAGGAGGCAUAUGCAAAGAUUCUCGUUACCCCUCACAUCCAGCAGACAAAUGUUGACUGGGACAGCCUUCCAUACUUGGUUGUUGAAAUAAGUAAUGCCAAGGAUGUAAAAUGCCGGUGUGGAACUAUCUACACAGAUACCGAUCAGAUUGGCCCUGUGGAGUGCAUGACGUGCUCCCACUACAUUGAGAUUAUACCAGAUGCAUAG